CGAUUUCUUCAACUUUCUCUUUCUCUCUCUUCUUGAGAGUGUGCUUAGUUCUCUGCUAGGGUUUCAUUUCCCUGGCCUGCUUUACUCUUCUAACAAUGGCGGCAAUGCCUCAUUCCUUCUCCCCUUCUCGCACUACCUGUGCUUCUCUUCUCCGCCAAUUGCAGAUGAUAUGGGAUGAGAUUGGGGAAAGCGAUAGCGAUAGAGACAAUAUGCUUUUUCAGCUGGAGCAGGAAUGCCUUGACAUAUAUCAAAGAAAGGUUGAGGAAACCAGAAAGCACAAGGCGGAUCUAUACAAGUUAUUGGUUGAAGCUGAAGCUGAAGUUGCCAGUAUCAUUUCUUCCCUUGGGGAAUGUACUUCAUUCUCACGUGGACGGGGCACACUUAAGCAGCAAUUAGCUAUAAUAACACCUGUCUUGGAGGAUUUAAGGUCAAAGAAGGAAGAUAGAAUCAGAGAGUUUUCAAAGAUAGAGUCCCAAAUUUGUCAGAUACGUAAUGAGAUAGCUGGCUGCGAGCAGUUCAACAGUGUCAGUGAUCCAGAAGUUAUUCAAAAUGACUUGACAGUAAAGAAAUUGGGGGAACUCAAGUCACAUCUACAUGAACUUCAGAAUGAAAAGAUCCUUCGUGAGCAGAAGGUGAACAGUCAUAUCAGUGAAAUUAGGGAGCUUUCAGUAGUGAUGUCAUUUGAUUUUCUAAAUACAUUAAAUGAAAUCCAUCGUAGCUUGGGAGAUUCUUCCAAAGGUACACAAAAGAGCAUCAGCAAUGACACUAUUGCCAGAUUAACCGGGGCCAUCCAUAUGUUAAAGCAAGAGAAGCAACAAAGGCUGAAAAAGGUACAAGAUCUUGCUAAAUGCUUGAUAGAGUUAUGGGAUCUUAUUGAUGUACCAAUUGAGGAGCAAAAACCUUUUAGCCAUCUUACUAGAUUACUUUCAGCAUCAGUUGAUGAGGUUAGAGCACAAGGGUGCCUUUCUACAGAUAUCAUUGAGCAGGCUGAGGUUGAAAUUCUGCGCUUAAAUGUUCUGAAAGCCAGUAAGAUGAAGGAUUUAGUGUUUAAGAGGCAGGCUGAGCUUGAAGAAAUUUACAAAGAAGUUCACAUGGAUGUGGAUAGUGAAUCAGCUAGACAGAUUCUAAAUCGGCUUGUAGAAUCUGGUGAUCUUGAUCUGUCCGAUUUGCUCCAAAGCAUGGAUGACCAAAUCAGAAAAGCCAAAGAGCAAGCUCUAAGUAGAAGAGAUAUACUAGAUAGGGUAGAGAAAUGGAAAUUUGCUGCUGAGGAGGAAAAGUGGUUAGAUGAAUAUGAAAGGGAUGAAAAUCGAUAUAAUGCAGUAAGAGGAGCUCACAAAAAUCUAAAACGUGCAGAGAAAGCACGGAGUCUAGUCAGCAAGCUACCGUCUCUUGUUGAGAGUUUGACUGCAAAAAUAAAAACGUGGGAAGCUGACAAAGGAAUACCUUUCCUAUAUGAAAAGGAACCAUUGUUACAUAGCUUGUGUGAAUAUAAUGUGCAAAGGCAACUUAGAGAAGAAGAAAAACGAAAAAUCCGGGAGCAGAGACGGUUGCAGGAACAGAGUGCUGUAGUGCAAGAGGCACUUUUUGGUUCAAGGUCUGCAACAAAGAAGCCUCUAGGUCAGAGCACCAAUGCUAACUCCAUGGCUGGGACACCAAUCAGGCAACAAGUGCUUACGCCUUCAGGCCGUUAUGGAACCUCAACUAGAAAGUACCAUAGGGAAAGCGGUAGGGUGAAUACAAUAACUCCAGUGAACUACGUUGCUCUUCCUAAAGAUUCUGGUUUUGGAGGAAGUUAAGGAUUCGUCAAAUCUUGGACCUACUUGUAAAUCAGUUUUCCAUGUAAGUAUGCUUCAAAGUCCUAUUCAUGCUGUGUUUCAUUCUGAAACUGAAGAGCACUAAAUAGAUGAUGAGUAGCAAACAUAGGUUGAUCUAGACUUUGUUGGCUAUAAGCAAUAGAAUAAAUUCUGUA